AUGCCUGCUCCCGCUCAUGUCCAGGCAGCUACGCUGCAACGAUUCCUCGACGCUUGGAAAAAGUGGGAUGCUGAGGAAUGGCUCGCCGUUUUCGCCGACGACUUCACCCAAGUCACCCUGCCCUUUGGACUAGGCAUUCCCCCCAGGCCUCGGGCACAGGUCGAGCAAGUCUUGCCAGCGCUCGUCGCGACGGUCAAAUCAUACGAACUCACAGUCCACCAUGUCAUACAUGAUGUCGAGAAGAACAAGGCAGCAGUAUACGCCUCGUCCAAGGGUGCCCUUCCAUGGGGGCCAUGGGAGUUAGAGUACUCUGUCUUCAUCACAUUUUCUGAGGCGGGAGAUAAAGUGGCGAGGCUCGAGGAGAUGAUGGAUUCCGCCUUUUUGCGAGACUUUGGACCCAAGUUCGGCCAAUACUUGCAGGCUCACGGUGGACCAACAGCCGUGGCCUGGCAGUAG